AGCAUGCAGCGGGCGAGCUGUCAUGGCGGCCUGUUGAUCGCCGCGCGGAGGUUCGCCGUUGUCAGGGGGAGCGGACACGCGACCAACGGCCCGGUUUCCGCAGGCAAUAAUUGAUUCAUCUGUGUUUAUCUUUGAUGGAAAGUUAAUCAAACUGGAAAAAUGAGCACUCAGUACAGUAUACUUUUCAAACAAGAGCAUGCGCAUGAAGAUUCUAUCUGGUCUGUGGCUUGGGGAAAGAGUGAGAAGGAUGCAUCUGAGACCAUAGUGACAGGCUCGUUGGAUGACCUAGUUAAAAUCUGGAAAUGGUUGGAUGAGAAGUUAGAGCUGCAGUGGACUCUGGAAGGACAUCAGCUUGGGGUUGUGUCAGUGGACAUCUGUCACACAGGCACCAUUGCUGCCUCCAGUUCUCUGGAUUCACAUAUACGGCUAUGGGAUUUGGAGACAGGCAGACAGUUGAAGUGUUUGGAUGCAGGACCAGUUGAUGCCUGGACAGUGGCCUUCUCUCCAGAUUCCAAAUAUUUGGCAACAGGCAGUCACUUGGGAAAAGUGAAUAUAUUUGGCGUUGAAAGUGGAAAGAAAGAACAUUCCUUGGAUACGAGAGGAAAAUUUAUCCUAAGUAUUGCAUAUAGUCCUGAUGGGAAGUAUCUAGCCAGUGGAGCUAUAGAUGGUAUUAUCAAUAUAUUUGAUAUUGCAACUGGAAAACUUUUGCACACCUUGGAAGGGCAUGCCAUGCCAAUUAGAUCCUUGACCUUCUCUCCAGAUUCACAACUUCUAGUUACAGCCUCUGAUGAUGGUUACAUCAAGAUUUAUGAUGUACAACAUGCCAAUCUUGCAGGCACCCUGAGUGGUCAUGGUUCUUGGGUGCUUAGUGUUGCUUUCUGCUCAGAUAAUACACACUUCGUAUCCAGCUCUUCUGACAAAACUGUUAAGGUUUGGGAUGCUUCCUCAAGAACCUGUGUUCAUACAUUUUUUGACCACCUGGAUCAGGUCUGGGGUGCCAAAUACAAUGGAAAUGGAUCCAAGAUUGUCUCUGUUGCAGACGAUCGUGAAAUCCACAUUUAUGACUGUCCAAUUUGAAUUUUCCUUCCAUUGCUUAGAUUAUAAACUUGCGGCCAGGGUCCAUAAGAUGUAUGAAGUUCCCAUUUAUAAUACUGGUUGGUGCCUCCUUCUGGUGUAUAAAUACUUAAUUUUUUUAAAUGAAUGUGCCCGUUAUAGCACCUAAUAUGUAGGGAAACCAAAGCAACGAUUAGAAUUUAUUUAAAAUGGAUGACCAUUGCUUUCAAAUAUUCAUUUCCUUUUGGUGUGAUUCAUAAGGAAGUAUAGUAUAUGCCUUUUUGGAAAACUGUUGAAAAGAUCAUAUGUCCUCCAUGAAAUGUUCCUGCCUUUGGUUCUACUUUUGAAGUUGUCUGAGCUGUUUAACAGAUAAAUGUGAUUUU